GUGAUAACAAGCAAAACUUGGAAAAAAAAGUAUCUGAUGAAUUUAUGGUUACUGCAAAUCCACUAUAUACACCAUACUUGUUAAAAUCAUUGGAAAAAGAAGAUUACCCAAUAGCUGAUGAAAUUGAUGAAUAUAUGAGACAACCUGAAAUAG